AUGCAUUGCAAGCAGAGUAAUACCAGGUGGCUUCCUACUAUAGAUCAGAUAAGAAUCCUCAAGGAGCUUUACGAUGACAAGGGAGUUAAGUCCCCCACUGUAGAGCAGGUUCAGAGGAUCACUCUCCAGCUAAAAUGGUACGGGCAUAUCGAGAACAAGAACGUCUUUUAUUGGUUCCAGAAUCAAAGGGCUCGGGAGAAGCUGAAGAAUAAUAAGCUCACUUCGGAUGUUCAAGUGCCCAAGCAAAGAUCAGGGCUUAAUACUUCCGAUGGAGGUGGUGGUCAAGGUGGUGGCUCUUACAUUUCCCUUGAGCUCAGCCUUUCCUAUGAAGGCAAAGCUGGAAAAAGUUUCCGGAGCCGCUGA